UUUUUUCUCUUACUACUAGUGCAAACGUUUCUCCCAGUAGUGGUCAUUGUCCGUAUGUUUUAUAUCCUACAACGACAGUGAGUCAUUGUCGUCAAGUCACACCACACAGCAUACUAGUUGUAAUAGGAAUAGCAUUGAAUUAAAUUAUUACUGUAGUUGAAAUUCUUUACUCGGUGUGUUACGUCUACUCGUCUAUCGAGAAUGUCGCGCGACUCGUCAGAAGACUUUGGGAAGCUUGUCCGAGAAGAGGCACUUCGAAACUUCGAAUUUCACGAUCCAGAUACUUUGCCGUUGAAUGUAUCCGAAGCUGUGGCAAUAAAUGCAUUACGACCGACGUCCGCCAUUAUUGUUACUGGAUUUCUUCCAUUUUAUUCUAUCAGAUUCUCAAUAAAUCUUCUGUGCCAAAGCUCCGGAAAUAUUGCACUACAUUUUAACCCACGCAUAGACAGGGGUUACGUUGUUCGAAAUUCAAAACUGCGGGGUCACUGGGACGAUGAAGAAACUUGUUCUCCGGCUGGACCGAAGGGUACGGUUUUUCGUCGCAAUGCCUAUUUUCACGUGAUAAUCUUUUGUACCGAGACUGAGUUUCAGAUAUCAAUAAACGAGGAACAUUUCUGCGAGUUUGCUUAUAGAGUUGCAUUGAGAGAAAUUAAUGGAAUAGAGGUGAACGGCGAUGUCGAAGAUGUGAGAUUCCGGCAGACAACUUUCCAAAUAUAUCCUAAAUCAAAAUUGACGCCAUAUCUUCAAUUAAAUGAUAAACAAUCCCUUGAAGAAAAUUUAAAAGUACCAGUGACUGUUGAUAUCACUUCUGACGUUAGGAAUGGCGUUCACUUUACCAUCAAGGGACGGUUGAAGCUCCUACCUCAUUCGUUUUAUGUCAAUCUACAGAAGGGAAAAGCAAUUUAUCCUCAUCCAGAAAUCGCCCUGCAUGUUAAUCCAAGAUUUUUAUACGGUACCAGUCCCCCGUGCAUGGUCAUGAAUUGCUGGACCAAUGGGGCGUGGAGCCACGAGGAGCGUCACCAAGGCAAUUUAUUUUGGCUACCAGGACGCGAUUUUUUUUUGGUAAUACGCUGCGAAUACCAGGCUUUCACAAUAUGGCUGAACAACAAGAUGAUCGGCGAAUUCAAACACAGACUUGAUCCAUCGAUCGUUGAUACUUUACGAAUUUAUGGCGACGUUCAUCUUUAUCAACUUGCUAUCGGUACUUCAUAAUUUCAAUAUAUCGAAAUGCAGCCUUCAUCGAAUUGCAUAAACGGCUGAUUUAUCAAGUGAUGAAGGAGGAUUUGUGGAAGGAUCAUCAAUAUUAUGAGCUCUGUGAAGAUUUAUCGCUUUGAGUAUAUUUUUUGAGGAAAAGCUUUCUGAGCGUUAUCUAGUUAUGCUAUACGAGGAUAGAUAUAGCUUCGAUACUUUUAGACGUGAUAUUUUUAAGAUACCUUUAGAAGUUAGUGCGAUACUCAAGUACCCAAAGAGCAUUCCAACGUUACAAAGAAGUAAAGAAUGCUGGUCACUGAUUAUAUUUUUGAAGACUGGAAAAAAGGCAAGGGAACCAAUAGUCAAAAAUUUAAAAUUCGUGGAACCGAUUAAGAUUAUUCCAAGAGCUGAUUUCAUUUAUCUCAAGUCAAGUUAUGUCAAGUCACUAGUCUCCACGAUUAGGUGGAGUAUUUUUUUUAUGUAUAUUUUUUUCUUCUGUGCUCGAGGAAUGAAUCUUGGCGGACAUGUCUUUCGACUUUCUUUGGCUUUUGGUUUUCAUAAAUUAGGAGAAUAUUUCGUUUUUUUUUCCAUUUAAAUUCAUUACAAUCUACUGAAACUCAGCGACCUCACUCGGUAACCAGCCUUGAAGAUUCUCAUUCAUCAAUCAGAUUAUACUCCAGUUUGUCUAGAUGGAAUUUUUAUAAACGUCCUUGUCUUUAUGAGUGUUAUAUUAUUUAUACGGACAAUCUUGUCUAUGUUCGCUAUAUAUUAUAUGCUGUAUAUUAUUUUCCAAAAAUAAACAUUCAUUAGAUCAAGUGA